AGGGAGCCCGCGUCGGUGCCAUGCGGGGGCUCCGUGCGGCGUCGGGAAGGUAGGGGAGGUGAGGUGAUUUAUUUGGCACGGAAAUCUUUAAAGAUGGCAGAAGCCGUUUUGAUUGAUCUCUCUGGUUUGAAGUUGAACUCUCAAAAGAACUGCCAUCAGGCAUUGAAUGCUGUCCAGUACCACCAUGCAGCCAAGGCCAAGUUCCUUUGUAUAAUGUGUUGUGGUAACAUCAGCGGUGAAAGGGAUGGUGAACAUGAUAAUUGUGAGUUAGAAACAAGCAAUGGAUUAUCAGCCGUCUUGGGAGAAUUUGAGACUGUUAGCAAUCCCAGCAUGGCUGCCUCUUUGUAUAUCUUUAAACAAAAAAUAGAUGAAAGAAAUCUGAGCAGUAUUAAAGUAAUUGUACCUAGGCACAGAAAAACAUUAAUGAAAGCUUUCAUCGAUCAACUCUUCACUGAUGUUUAUAAUUUUGAAUUUGAAGAUUUACAAGUCACUUUGUGGGGAGGCCUUUUGAAACAAUCCAUUGAAAUAAAGGUAAUCACAGCUCAAGAACGGGAAGAAAUCCAGAGUGAAAUAGAAACAUAUUUGAGAAGUCUGCCUGCCCUGAAAGGGGAAUUAACUAUUAUCACUUCUCCUUUGAUCCCAGAUAUUUUUCUACAUGGAUUUACUACAAGAACAGGUGGAAUAUCUUAUAUACCAACUCUUAGUUCAUUCAAUCUCUUUAGUAGUUCCAAACGGAGAGAUCCCAAGGUAGUUGUUCAAGAAAAUCUGCGUAGGUUGGCAAAUACUGCAGGAUUUAAUAUGGAGAAAUUUUACCGAAUAAAGACUGAUCAUGCCAGUGAUGUCUGGAUUAUGGGAAAGAAGGAGCCUGAAUCUUAUGAUGGAAUAACCACAAAUCAGAGAGGUGUCACAAUAGCGGCUCUUGGUGCUGACUGUAUACCGAUAGUUUUUGCAGAUCCUGUCAAAAAAGCAUGUGGGGUUGCUCACUCUGGUUGGAAAGGUACUUUGUUAGGUGUUGCUAUGGCUACAGUGAAUGCUAUGAUAGCAGAAUAUGGCUGCAGUUUGGAAGACAUUGUUGUGGUACUUGGACCAUCAGUAGGACCUUGCUGUUUUACUCUUCCAAAGGAAUCAGCAAAGGCAUUUCAUAAUAUUCAUCCUGCGUGUGUACGACUAUUUGACUUACCAGAUCCCUAUGUUGACAUCCGUAAAGCCACCAGGAUUCUUCUAGAACGGGGAGGAAUUCUUCCACAGAAUAUUCAGGACCAGAACCAAGACCUUAACCUCUGUACAUCCUGUCAUCCUGACAAGUUUUUCUCUCAUGUCCGAGAUGGCCUUAAUUUUGGUACACAGAUUGGGUUCAUUUCAAUUAGAGAAUGAGAUGCUUGACUGGAUUCUUGCUAUAAUGUUUCCUGCCUCCUUCCAAACUGCAAGAGAGAAAUUUAGCUGUUUGAUUUAUUUAAAAUCAAAAAGAUUACAUUGGAUAAUUCAUCUUUAGGGCAUAUUUUUACUACUGUCCAAAGCCAAAUGAUUUUCAUUUAAUUCUGAUAAUAACUGACAAAAAUCA